CCCAAGGCUUAAAUGAGCUUCGUUCAGGAAAUUUUCUUAGUUGAGACACGGACUGAGCGCAGCGACUGUCUCUCCUCCUCAUCUUUAUCCUCCGGCUUUCCUCCACCGUCUCCCCUGUUUCUGCCCCCCUGUCAGUUUAAUAUUCAUCCAUCUGCGCCUUUUGGAUAGCCAACCUUUCCGAGCGCACACUUCGACCUGGGCUAUCGGUCUAUCCUGGUCUAUCAUCCACACAUGUGAUCUUCAGCGUGGUCCAGCUGAAAGCUGCUCUGACUGUGAGGAUGCCUGGCUGAGAGGCUCGCAACGUAGUGUUCAUCCAACAGGCUGAAGAGGAGCUUGAUGCUGCACGGUUCUGCGUAACGGAUUUACUGAUGUCGGCAAAAAGUUGGAUUUUGUGAAGAGCCUCGUGGAUAUCAUAAAAUGGGCAGAAUAGGAGGGAAUUUUUAGGAAGGAGCUUUGGAAUCAAACCGUGAGAGGAAAUGUACAGAGUGUGGAUACUCUUCUUUCUGAUAGAAGAGGGUUUCGCUCUGGCACAGAGAACUAAAGGUGACCAGUAUUCCCAGGGCGAUCCUGGCGGUCAGAGCACCAACCAAAACGACUGUGGCACAUGGGUCCGCAACAUCAAUGGCGGGGUGUUCAUGUCACCAAACUACCCCAACACCUACCCACCCAACAAGGAGUGUAUUUACAUCCUGGAAGCCCUCCCUAGACAAAGGAUUCAGCUGGCUUUUGAUAAGAAUUACUACAUCGAGCCGUCAUUCGAGUGCCGCUUUGAUCACAUCGAAGUACGUGAUGGGCCGUUUGGGUUUUCGCCGCUCAUCGAUCGGUUCUGUGGGGGAAAGAAUCCGGGGCUCGUCACUUCCACGGGACGCUUCAUGUGGAUCAAGUUCACCAGCGACGAGGAGCUUGAAGGCCUCGGCUUCCGCAUCAAGUACACCUUCAUUGCAGACCCUGAUUUCCAUCUGCACGUGGGCGGACUGCUGAACCCCAUCCCAGACUGUCAGUUUGAAGUUGGUGGAUGGGAUGGGAUUAUUCGCUCCAGUCAAGUGGAAGAGGAAGAUCGAGUGAAGCCGGGUGAUGCUCUGGACUGUAUCUGGACCAUCAGGGCUCCUCCUCACUCCAAGAUCUACCUGCGCUUCAUAGACUACCAGAUGGAGCACUCGAAUGAGUGCAAGAAGAACUUUGUGGCCGUGUACGACGGCAGCAGCGCCAUCGAGAACCUUAAGGCCAAGUUCUGCAGCACGGUGGCCAAUGACCUGAUGCUGGAUAACGGUGUGGGAGUUGUGCGCAUGUGGGCUGAUGAGAAAAGCCGACUCAGUCGCUUCCGCAUGCUCUUCACCUCAUUUAUUGACCCUCCCUGUACAGCCAAUACAUUUUUCUGCCACAGCAACAUGUGUAUCAACAACUCCCUGGUGUGCAAUGGCGUGCAGAACUGUGUAUAUCCAUGGGACGAAAACCACUGCAAAGAGAAGCGAUCUAAGGGGCUUUUUCAUCAGAUCACCAAGACCCACGGCACCGUUAUCGGUGUUUCAUCAGGCAUAGUUCUCGUUCUACUUAUCAUCUCCAUUUUGGUCCAGAUGAAGCAGCCAAGAAAAAAGGUUGUGGCUCGGCGGCCUGGUGUUUUCAACAAGGCUGGAUUCCAGGAGGUCUUUGACCCGCCCCAUUACGAGCUCUUCUCUCUCCGCGACAAGGAGAUCUCCUCAGACUUAGCGGACCUUUCCGAGGAGUUGGACAGCUUCCAUAAGCUGCGGCGCUCCUCCACCAUGUCCCGGUGUGUCCAUGAGCACCAUUGUGGUUCUCAACCCUCCAUGGCCACCGGCGGCGGCAGCAUGAAGCACAGCCGGACCACCCUAAGCUCCAUGGAGCUGUCCUACCACAACGACUUCUCCAAGCCGCCUCCCAUGAAGACUUUCAACUCAACCUCCAGCUACAAGAAGAGCUGCUAUGGCUACAAGCAGCACUCACAGACUCAUGACUGCGACCAGCAGGUCAUUGAGGACCGCGUCACAGAGGAGAUUCCCUGCGAGAUUUAUGUGCGUGGUGCCGGAGGAGGCGCCACAGGUGGAGGAGCAAUGGGAGGAGGGGGAGCAUCAGGGAUUGCAGGAGGGAUCGGAGGAGCAGUGGGAAUAACAGGAGGAGUGGCAAUGGGUGGUGGGAUGGGCAUUGCAGGAGGAGUGAGCAUGGCAGGUCCUAGUGGUAUCGCUGGAGGUAUUGGUGGUGGGAUGGGAGGAGCCUGCGGAACCCUUAGUAUCCGCGGCAACAGUGCUCGCAACAGUACCACCAUAGUUGACCCAUCACAGCGCUCCAUGUCCAUGGAUUUCUAGAUGGUGAAAGAAGAAGAAGAGGGGAAAGGAAACUAAAGCAGACCCCAUUUCACUCACCAGAAUGAAAAGAAGCAACAAGGACAUCAGUGCUAAACUGAUCACCUGCUUCCUUCUAUACCUCUGAUUUUCAAUUAAUGUGGGUCACCACUUCAGGACCUCUGUCAUACUCAUGUGGAGGCUCAUUGAGAACAGGAAAUACAAACUGAAGCAACACAAGAGCAACAAAACUGAGGAAACUACUGAUUAUUUUCCAAAUUAUACCACCGGAUAUGGAGUAAAGAAAGCAUGGAAACAUCUUGUCUCUUCGCUGGGCUUACACUCAUUUAAUCUCUCCUUCCAUCACAGACAUAUUGGAAAAUAGUCUCACAUGCAGAGCCAGACUGCUUUCUAUAAUCACUCAGAUAUAGCAAGAGAGAAAGACAGAGGCAUGUCGCAGACUGAGUUUUUACAUUAAUCCACCUGCCAUGCACAAAUAUAUGAUAUAUGAUCUAUAGUGUGAUAAUUUAUUUGAGUCUCUUUUUUCUUUUUUUCUUAGUGCACUGUACUGUUAAAACCAGUAUAUAUCAGCCUCAUGGUGAUGCUCGGCUUUUAAAUUGAAAUCUUUUUUUAAGUUGUUCCACAGAUGAUUUUAUGAUCCUAAAUUACCAAUGAUAUAUUGUUUUAAUGAGGAUGAGAGUAAAGUUGCUGUUGUCACAAAUGAUUGAUGAAAUAUGACGAUGCUGAUGAUGAUAAAUGAUGCUGUGUUUAUAUAAAUAUGUAGUUUUCAUAAUUACUUCACACAAACAGAGGACACGCUUCACUCAGUCUCUCCUCAGGACGAGCACAUGAAGGGACUGUCCUAUUUUGGUAAGAAAUACAGAAAAAAAAGACUUUCUGUUCGCUAAGUUUUAUAGUAAAUAAGGAUUCAGGCCAUGAGUGGUCAUGUGUGAAAUAUCAAGUGUUCUGGUUGUGAGAAAUGAACUCAAUCAAGACAGCAGCCAUCCCAAUCCACACCCUUAAUAGGAGAAAAUGUUCUUUUUGUUCAAUUACCCCAUAAACUGAGUGUACAAAACAAGCACAACCUGUUUCCUAAGUGACUGACAUGUAACCUGUAUUGGAUUCAUUUAUGAUUUUAACCACUCCUUGUAUAAUUUCAUUCUGUUUGAUUAAACAAGAGCUUACUCAC